CGUUAAUGAAGAAAAUUAGUUAAUAGAUGUUAUCAUUAAUGAACAAAAAUAAUCUACAAGAUUAACCAUUUACAAACGACCAAAAAAAAAAUAAAAGCAAACCUAGAACUGCAAAUACAGAAAGGCCUUAAUCUAAGCAAUAAAAGAAUGAUUUACUUGAGUAUUUCAAAAAAGAAAGGAACACUUUAAAUUAAGUUGUUAACUCUCAAAAUAUUAAUUUCUAAGGCAGCAGGAGCAUUGAUAAUUUAUAACAAUAAAGUUAGAAGAGGGAGCUCUUAAAAAAUGGUUAAUUGAAUGUAUGCUUGAGUUAAAUUUCUAUGUAGGCUGAAACACGUAUUUAAACCGAUGAAGGAAAUAGUGCAAAAAGAUAAAUUUUGAAAUAGAAAAACUUAUCAUUAGCGACCAUUUCAUUAGAUGCUCAAAAUAUUGAAAAAAUGUUGAAAAAUUAAUAAUCAAAAUAACCUUAAACAACAAAGUAAUCUUAUAAUUAAUCUCCUUAAAACUAAAUUAAGACACCUGUUUAGAAAUAAAAAGAUCAAUUAUUAUUUGAUAUAAACUUAGUAUUUUUUUAUUUAAAUCUAGUUGAAAAAUACAGUGUGUAACAAUGAAUUUCAGAAUUAUUUAAAUUUAAAAUAAAAUAAAUAAUCGAUUCUAUCAAAUACAUCAACAAAUCAUAGAUAAUCAAUAGAAGAUAUGCUUUCUAAUCAAAAAAUACUUAAAGAAUCACUAUAAUUUUAAUCUUAAAAGACUAAAAAAAGUGAAAAUGAAUCAAAAUCUAAUAAUUAAAGUCAAAUAAAAACUGAAUAUUCAUCAGUUUCUAAUUAGUAUUUUUAAAAAUAAAAGAUCAAAGAGGAGAACAUAUAAUACGAUUCUAGUAAAUAAUUACAAAUAAUUCUUUACUAUAAAUAAUAAAAGUAAAAAGAUUGUUAUAUUCAUAGAUAUAAUUAUUUAUAUGAAUAUUUAAAUUAAACUACCGAUAAUUUGUACAAUUAUUUGAUUCAAUAAAUAGCUUUUAUUGAAAGAUCAUUUACAAAAUUAGGAAGUGGAACAGGUUCUACUGAAGGAGAUUAAAUAUAAUAAGGUAUGCAAACUAAAGAUUUUUAGAAUUAAAAAAAAUUUGCCAAUUUCAAACAGUAUCAAAAAAUAUUCCUUAUGAUUAUUACUUAACUAUUUCUGAUUUAACACUUGAAGUUUUUAAAGGAAUCACCCUACAGAUUUAGCCUUUGUAUUCAUAACCGAUUACAACAAAAAGAGUAGGAUUGAAAGAUUUUACCCUUGUCAAGUGUAUUGGUGUUGGAGGGUUUUCAAGAGUAUAUAUGGUGAGAAAGAGAGAUAAUGGGAAAUUUUAUGCCUUGAAAUUGAUAGAUAAGAAAUUUAUAUUAGAAAAUUAAAAAGAGAUUAUCGUACAAAAUGAAAGAGAUAUAAUGGUUUAGAUGGAGAAUUAAUUUGUUACUCCAUUGCAUUAUGCUUUUGAGACUAAAUAUUAUAUUGCAUUUGUUCUAGAUUAUUGUGCUGGAGGGGAACUAUUUUAUCAUCUUAGAAAAUUGAAAAGAUUAAAUGAAUAAGAUGCAAAGUUCUAUUUUGUUGAAAUCUGCAUUGGUAUGGCUUAUCUUCAUUCUCAAAAUAUUGUAUAUAGAGAUAUAAAGCCAGAAAAUAUUCUUUUAGAUUUACAAGGUCAUUUACUUUUAAGUGAUUUUGGAUUGUCAAAACCUGAUAUGACACCAGAUGAUUUCGCUUAUUCAUUUUGUGGAUCUCCAGAAUACAUGGCUCCUGAAAUGUUGAUGAAAACAGGUCAUAAUUAUUUAGUAGAUUGCUAUUGUUUAGGUGCUUUGCUAUAUGAAUUAGUUACAGGAUUACCUCCAUUUUAUUCUCAUAAUACACAAGAAAUUUAUAAUUCCAUUUUGACUGAAACUAUUGAAUUUCCAUCAUAUGUUCAAAUAUCUCCAGUUUUAAAAAAUCUAAUAUUGCAAUUGCUUUAAAAAGAUCCAACAGAGAGAUUGGGUUAGAAUGGAGGUGUAGUUGAGAUUCUAACUCAUCAAUGGUUUCAAGAUAUUGACUUUGAAGCUAUUGUCAAUAAAAAAUUUAAAACUCCCUAUAGACCAGAACCCCUUAAAUACAAUUUUGAUGAAGAAGAAUUCAAUAAGGGAGAUGCAGAGUUUAGGAAAUAAUAUUCAACAAACUUGUAAAAAGAAUUUUAAGUAAUUAAUUUUGAAUAAUUAGAAUAUUGAUACAGCUAAUUAUGUAUUGAAAAAUUUUUAUUAUUCUAGAGAAUCCUAAUUUGGAAUCGAAAAAAAUAAAAGAACAAACGAGAUUAAUCUCAAUCAACUUAAAAAUUAAUCAAUUUUAACUGAAUCAUAAUCUCCUGCCAAAAAUUCUAAAAUUUAAUAAUAGUAAAAGGGAGAUAACUAUAAUUCUUAGUAGGUUCUUGCUUCUCCUUAAGAGGGUAAAAGAAUAAAUCGAUAAGCAGGAAAAAGUGAAGUUUAUGAUUACUUUAAAAAACAUGAUCUGCUGACAAAAUCAUCUCAACUAUUACAUUAAUCUACUAGACUAGGACAUUCCUAUUCAAAGACAAUGUAAUAAGCUCAAAAUUCUUUAUAAGAUUUGAAAGUAAAUUUAAUUCAUUAUUAUAGUAAUUCAAAUUGUUUGUUGAUUAAUCAAAAGCUUUAAUCUGUUCAGAUAGAACAACUACAAUGCCAGAUUAAAAUCAUAAAAAUGUUACAGAGAGAAUCAAAACAGAGCAGUUUGGAAAUCUACCAUCUCCUAAAACUACUACUAAUAGUUCAUUUAAUAAAUUGAGUAAUUUUUCAAAACUAUUCGCAUCUGAAAAAUAAAAACAAAAAUGA